GCAGGAGGAGGAAAGAGAGGAGGAACGGGCCAGCUGUAGCCACGACCGCCACCACCAGGCAGAGGAAGGGCUCCUGGGAAGGAAAAGACCCUCCUCCCCUUUGGAGCCCCUUCUGUAUGCUUCUGCAGGGGGAAAAAAAGGAAUACAAGAUCAAGGAGACGAAAAGAAGGGUGGAAAAGUGAGAGGGCAGACAGAAAGAGAAAGAGGGGGAAAAAGGCUUGGACAGAAAGAGUCAGGACGUGCGUGGUGCCAAGGCGCUGCUCCCCUUGGGCAGGUGGCGUGGCCGCUGCCCGGAGGCGGCAUGUGACGAGCAGCCUCAGCUGCCCGCGGGCACAGCGCUUUCAGUCCCGGGGCGCAUGCUGCGGGGCGAGACUGUGCCAUCCCAGAUUCCAGAGCUCCGGAUCGGUUUGCGGAAGCGACUGCAGCGCUUUGGGGGAGACAGGCGAUGACUGGGCGGGCGACUCCGCGCAGAGACGCGCGACCCUAAGGACAUUCGCUCCCUGAUCUCCGAGCGGCGGGGACCACGGCACGCUGGCUUGGACACCCCGGGCGCUUCGGCAGGAGCGGAGGAGCUGCGUGGGACGUUACCUGGAGCGCAGCUGCCCAGACCUUCAGCAAGAGUUUGGCACAUGGAGGAAGGAAGUCAGAGUCCCAGAGAUUGUCUUCAGGAGAACUUCAUCCUAACAGAUAUGAACAGUAAUGGCCUCUGUCUCACUUCUGAGUUCCUUGGUACACUGUGGGCUGAAUGAACUGUACCCAUCUCCAUCAUGAUAUGCAACACCAAGUCUUGUCACUACAUCUGUGUUCUGCUUAGAGGCCAAAUAAAUGACAUUCAGAACUUCAGCUAAGGUACAGUAAGACUAUGUCAGAGAGUCACAAUGACCUUGCACAAUAACAGUACAACCUUGCCUUUGUUUCCAAACAUCAGCACCUCCUGGAUACACAGCCCGUCAGAAGCAGGGCUACCCCCAGGGACAGUCACUCAUUUCGGCAGCUACAACAUUUCACAAGCAGCUGGGAAUUUCUCCUCCCUAAAUGAUACCACCAGUGACCCCUUAGGAGGUCAUACCAUCUGGCAAGUGGUCUUUAUCGCAUUCUUAACGGGCUUCCUGGCCCUGGUGACCAUCAUCGGCAACAUCUUAGUCAUAGUUGCAUUUAAGGUCAACAAACAACUGAAGACAGUCAACAACUACUUCCUCCUAAGCCUGGCCUGUGCUGAUCUGAUCAUCGGGGUCAUUUCCAUGAAUCUGUUUACUACCUACAUCAUCAUGAACAGAUGGGCUUUGGGGAACUUGGCCUGUGAUCUCUGGCUUUCCAUUGACUAUGUGGCCAGCAAUGCCUCUGUCAUGAACCUUCUGGUCAUUAGCUUUGACAGGUACUUUUCCAUCACACGGCCACUCACAUACCGAGCCAAAAGAACAACAAAGAGAGCCGGUGUGAUGAUUGGUCUGGCUUGGGUCAUCUCCUUUGUCCUUUGGGCUCCUGCCAUCUUGUUCUGGCAGUAUUUUGUGGGAAAGCGGACUGUGCCUCCAGGGGAGUGUUUCAUUCAGUUUCUCAGUGAGCCUACUAUCACCUUCGGCACGGCCAUUGCCGCCUUUUAUAUGCCUGUCACCAUUAUGACUAUUUUGUACUGGAGAAUCUAUAAAGAAACUGAAAAACGUACCAAAGAGCUUGCUGGCCUGCAGGCCUCUGGGACAGAAGCAGAGACAGAAAACUUUGUCCACCCCACAGGCAGUUCUCGAAGCUGCAGCAGCUAUGAGCUGCAGCAGCAAAGCCUGAAGCACUCAUCCAGGAGAAAGUACGGCCGCUGCCACUUCUGGUUCACAACUAAGAGCUGGAAGCCCAGCGCUGAGCAGAUGGACCAAGACCACAGCAGCAGUGACAGCUGGAACAACAAUGAUGCUGCUGCUUCCCUGGAAAACUCCGCCUCCUCCGAUGAGGAGGACAUUGGCUCAGAGACAAGAGCCAUCUACUCUAUUGUGCUCAAGCUUCCAGGGCACAGCACCAUCCUCAACUCCACCAAACUGCCCUCCUCUGACAACCUGCAAGUACCUGAAGAAGAUCUAGGGCCAGUGGACAUGGAGAGAAAUGCCAGUAAGCUUCAGACCCAGAAGAGUAUGGACGAUGGUGGCAGUUUUCAAAAAAGCUUCUCCAAGCUUCCCAUCCAGUUGGAGUCCACCGUGGACACAGCCAAGACUUCUGAUGCCAACUCCUCGGUGGGUAAGACCAUGGCCACUCUACCUCUGUCCUUCAAGGAAGCCACACUGGCCAAGAGGUUUGCUCUGAAGACCAGAAGUCAGAUCACAAAGCGGAAGAGGAUGUCCCUCAUCAAGGAGAAGAAGGCAGCGCAGACCCUCAGUGCCAUCUUACUCGCCUUUAUCAUCACGUGGACCCCCUACAACAUCAUGGUUCUGGUGAAUACUUUUUGUGACAGCUGCAUACCCAAAACCUAUUGGAAUCUGGGCUACUGGCUGUGCUACAUCAACAGCACCGUGAACCCUGUGUGCUAUGCGUUGUGCAACAAAACCUUCAGAAACACCUUCAAGAUGCUACUGCUGUGCCAGUGUGACAAGAGGAAGAGACGCAAGCAGCAGUACCAGCAAAGACAGUCUGUCAUUUUCCACAAGCGUGUGCCUGAGCAGGCCUUGUAGAAGGAGCUUUGAUGCAUAGCAGUGACAAAACGCACACAUCAACCCACAGACCUUAGAAGGAAUAAGGUGAGGGUGGGGGUGAUUCCUGGUGGUGAUAAAAAAAAAAAUUUUAUCACCCACAUAUGAAAGAAGCUGCUUGUUUACUGACCCAUUGAAUAAACUGAUUUUAACAUAAAAAGUAAAAUACCAAUUCAGCAAAAAAAAAAAAAGCCUACUACUGAAUAUAAAGAAAUUUAUUCUGAAAUAGACAUUGUUUCUUUUUUUAAAAAAGAGGAAAAAAAUAUUGCUUCACAGCAAAUUGAUUUGCCCGGGUCUUUUAAUUCCUGUUAGCUCUGGAAUUGCAGAUAAACCUAGCCGGCCCGAUUGUGCUGUUCUUCCCAAGGAUUCCAAGUGCCGAUCCAGACCACAUGUGGAAUACAUCAGGCUCAUGAAUCUGUGGUUCUGAAAUUAUGCCGUAUGUUGCAAAGCUGAACCUUCUUGUCCCAAUAGAGCUUCCAUCCUCUCUUUGGUGUGUUGUUGAACUCUAUUUGUGGACUUGAUUCCUGAUUCUCGCAAAAUAUUGUGUUGUGAGUUGGUUUAGUACAAAUAAAAAUGCAUAAGUA